AUGAUCACACCGCAGUCUCAGCCAGAUUUGGUGCCAGAAGGCAACUUGGUGCCUCGAAACCUGUAUCAGUGCGGAACAUGCUCUCAGUCUUACUCGCGGAUCGACCAUCUGCGCCGCCAUAUUCUUUCGCCGCUUCGGCAGAAUGUGCUGUUUCCCUCGCCAUCUGGCCUUAUCGCUCCAAUUAAUGUUAACUCUAGUGAUCUGCUGCGACGGCAUUCGGCUCUGCAUAUUACCACAGGGAGCAAGCAGGUCCUCAAGAAACGUCCUCGCAGUGGCAGCGCGAAUCCCAUCAGCCGGGCUUCUCAAGCAUGCAGUGCCUGUGCAGAAAACCAUCUUAAAUGCGACGAAGAAAAGCCCUGCGCCAGAUGCCGCAGGCGAAAUAUUGCCUGUGUGGUUCCUUCCAAGUCCACUGACGGCGUUCAAGUUCGCUUUGCCAACCCGGACAGUCCGGGUGGUGCGGAAAUAAACAGCAACCAUAACUCAGAGGAAAGGAGAGGAGAAACAGAUACACUACUAUCUGAGGGAUCCCAGCCACUCAUCACUCCUCCAAUGGAGAUCCCAGCCUCACAAGAGCCGGACCAUUCGCAGUCGAUCGACUUGGAUGGAAACAGCCAUAUGCCACCGGACUACAUUCCAUCAGGGCUCAGGGAUGAGUUCACAAGCGGAUUGUUUACAGAUGCGCCCAGUGGCGUGCGAACACCCCGGGGUUCGAUCACUUUUGGCCUGCAGACCGAUCUCGACUUCAGCAUGGUCGACCUCAGCUUCCUCGAAUCAUACAAUAGCCACGUCCCGUUUGAGUUCGACGAGCAAGCACCGAGUCUGUCCCUGUCUGGUUCGCCCUACGAGACCCGCGAAACACCGAUACAGAGCAAUCCCCGAGGCACACGGUCUAUGCAGCGACUGCGAUGGCGCUUCGUUCCUGCUCCUCAAGAUCAUGGCUAUUGCGAGCACGAAAACCUGUUACUACCCAAUGAAGCGACUGGCGCGUCCAGCCUGACUCCCCAGAGUGCGGAAGACGCAAACAGCCAAUCGACAACGGACCAGAGUCUUGAUCUGCACUCGCGUGAUAAGAUCCUGGGCAUUGUUCUCAGCCAGAUGAAACAGCCUAUCUCGGCGGUUCUGUCAUCCUUUCCCUCGGCCCAGCUUCUCGACAGCCUGAUCAGAUAUUACCUAACCGCCCCAUUCUCUACCGCAAGCACUUGGAUCCAUCGGGCCACUUUUCGCCCUCGACUGGUGUGUCCAGAGCUGCUUCUCGCCAUGGCAGCAGCUGGGGCCGUCUUGACACCGGAUCCCUCGCUACGCAAACUCGGAUUUGCCAUGCAGGAAGUCGUACGGUUGCAGCUGCCUUCGGUGUUCGAGGGGAACAACACUACCAUCCGUGACCUUCACCUGCAUCAAGCAUACUUGCUAUACCUAGAAAUUGGUUUGUGGAGUGGCAAUAGCCGGAAAAUCGAGAUCUCAGAGGCCUUCCGCCAACCUCUGCUGACCAUGGUUCGUCGCGGCGGCAAUUUUCACCACUCAGCCUAUCCGCCACUGCCAGCGCGGUUGGAAGAGUCUGGUCAGAGCUUGGAAGAUACAUGGCGUGCCUGGGUGUACAAAGAGGCAUACAAGAGGCUUGUGUACCGCUUGUUUCGACUGGAAGCUCAAGUCUCCAUGGCUCUCUUCACCGGCCCUUUGAUUACCUAUGUCGAAAUGGGCCCUCCUCUACCUGCCCCUUCGUAUCUCUGGGAAGCGAGUUCCGCGUCUCAAUGGAAGGAAGCCUAUCAUUCAUCUCCUCUGCCCUCUACAGGUCGAAUUCGCACGCUCAGCGAGUGCGUGGCGAAUUUAGAUCUUCUGGAAACCAGUCGUCGUGUUGCGGACAUCCGUCUUGCUUGCGGCGCCGUCAUGCACUGUAUAUGGGGCCUCGUAUGGGAGUUCCGCCAGCUGAGCUCUCUUCUGAACGGACACAGCCGCUACUGGGAUAAUGAUCUGCUCAUGGCCGCUCGGCAUGGACAGCUUAGCAGGAUACUCGAAUGUUUUCGAAUGGGAUACCGCGACGAAGUCCCAGUGCAGCUGCACUUUAUCAUGAUGCACAUGUACGUGUCACUGGAGGAGGUUGAGACAUUGGCUACCUCGGACGAUGCCAGUCGCGCCUGGGAACAACCUGCUCUUGGUGACUGGUUCAAGAUCGAACAUUCCCGACACGCCAUAUGGCAUGCGGGCCAGGUCGUUCGGGGUAUCAAAGGUCUUCCGUUGCAAGGUCUACGAGAUUUCAUGGCGAUUGCGCUAUACCAUGCCAGUCUAACUUUGUGGGCCUACGGUGUGGUAUUCUUCCAUAACAUGGAUAAUCAUAGUCAGCAGCUGGCUGGUCCAACACUGCAGCAUAAGAUCUGGCUGGAUGGAGUAGAGAGUGAGGAUAUACAGUGUUUCAUCACUCUGCACCGCGGAAUACCAGUCCUGCAGGGCCUUGGUCAUGCAGAAGAGACUGUCUUUGUCGGUGAUCCCCAGGCAGUUCUGGAGACGAUGAUCAAAGUCAUGCAGCAGAAUCACCACCAUGAAACUUCCACACAGACUCCGCCACUGGUGGAUAACUUGGUCCAUCUUCUUGAGAAGUUGCGAGAUGCCAGCAAAUAA